GCGUAUUUGCAGAAGCUUUCUCUAACGUAUAAGCGUACACUAUACAAGAAUACAGGAUCGUUGUAGAUAAUUUUUGUCAAUAAUAUACAGCAACAAAAACGUUAUAUUGUCGACAUUGACAAUUAUUUUCCGAUUUGUUUAUUCUCCUAAAUAAAUUGAAAAAUAUGUCAAACUGGCGAAGUCACAGCAACGGUGCCGAGCGAAGAGAUACGUCUAAAAAUGAUAAAGAAGAUAGACAUGAGAGGAGCAACGAUUCUCACAGAGGUAGAUCCCAAAGAGACAGGAGCAGAGACAGAGAUCACAGAGGUAGCAGACGCGAUCAUCCCAGAAGAGACGACGAGAAGCAGAAUGGGAAGAAGAAAUAUGAGAGAUCGCCACCGAAAAGAGAGAAUAGUCAUUCCAGACACAGGGAACGCAAUGAAAGGAGCAGAAGUAGAGACAGAAGAGAUGACACUGGAAGAAGACGCAAUGAUCAGCAUAAGCAGAAGAGAAGCUCGGAUGAUGUGAAAAUUAAAAGAGAAUCUUCUGUCGAAUGGGGUAAAGCGAAUGUAAAGGUUGAGAAAGAGAAACCCAACUUUGAAGUGUCGGGAAAAUUAACAGAGGACAUGAAUACUGUCAAUGGAGUAGUUAUAAAGUAUUCUGAGCCGCAAGAUGCUAAGAAACCCAAACGCAGAUGGAGACUGUAUCCCUUCAAAGGCGAGAAAGCAUUGCCUACGUUAUAUAUUCAUCGUCAGUCAGCAUAUCUUAUGGGUAGAGAUCGUAAAGUAGCCGACAUACCUUUAGAUCAUCCCUCGUGUUCCAAACAACAUGCUGCUCUGCAAUAUCGUUUAGUUCCCUAUCAAAAAGAGGGAGGAAUCGAAGGUAGAAGAAUACGACCAUAUAUUAUUGACUUAGAGUCAGCAAAUGGGACAUUUGUAAAUAAUGUAAAGUUAGAACCAAGAAGAUAUCAUGAAUUGUUAGAAAAAGAUGUAGUACGAUUUGGCUUCAGUACCAGAGAAUAUGUUCUGUUACAUGAACAUAGUAAGGAUGACUUAUUAGAUGAUGAUGUACCUCUUACAAAUGCAACUUAGGAUUAAUUCUGACAGAGAGAAAUAUCCAUUAAUGAAUAUGUAUGAAGACUGAUGACAUAAAUCAAAUUGAUUUAUCUGAAGAAUCAAGAGGACAAGAAUCAAUGAAAGGAAAAAAGUCCCAGUACGUGUGUAGAUACAAAACCUCGAGCUUCUGGACCCCUGGAGACCCUAUGCAUAUUGAAUGUUAUAUAUAUUGAAGAUGUAAGAUACCAACUCUCAAAAGUUCCUGAAAAAUAUAUUGAAAAUCCAAAAUUUAA